AUGGACUACUCGAAAACUCAGCGAAGUCAUACAUCCAGAUCCUCAACAGCAAAUAAUACCAUCGACUGGAUCAUCCAACAAUGUGAAAAGGUGACAUUACACCGCGAUAUUAUCUCCUUAAUAGUAAAAAGACUCAAUCGUAUAAAAAUUAUAAUAAAAGAAAAGAGCGAUGUUGAUGGGAAGAUCGUGGAACAUGUUCUGGUUGAACUACACCGUACAUGUACUGCUUUUAAGGAAUUUUUGCAGCAAGAAGACGUUAUCUAUCGGUCAAGCGGCAAGAAGCUUGAUAAUGCAGCAAAAAAAUAUAUAGACACGUUCCUUAACAAUAUUCUUUCACGUUUGGUAAAACAGGAAGUCGAUCUCACUCAAGAUCAUCAAGCGAAAAUUCAAAUUUAUAGUGAGGCUAUUUCUGAACAACAGGCCAUCAAACAUACGACUUUGGAUGAAGAAAUUAGAAAACGAAUUCGAGAAGCGGGAGACAAAAUGAAGAUAAAUGCACAAAAACGACUUCUUCAUUUAACAAAGCAGUACUCACACAUUACUGGGCCAUAUUUAACUCGGUGUUUUGAGUUGUACAGCACCAUUGUAAUUAAUGGGCUAGAUGCUCAAGUAACUGGUGAAGUGGCACAGAAUUAUUAUGAAAUUUCAUCUUAUCAGAGAAAUAAGUUUGAAUGUGCGUGGAAAUCAUUCAAAAUGCCGCUUAAAUACAUGCCAAUCCAACUUCGAAUCGAUUCCUCUACUUCGUUUGAACGAAACGCUGCUCGACAGAUGGUUAUGACUGAUCAUCACGAUUUGAGGACGUUGUUGUUCAAAGAGGCGCCAGUAGGUACUUGGCGGCAACGCCUUUUAGUAGCACCUUAUAUGCCUUCAAUGCUCGAACGAGAUCGUCUCAGUGACAACAGCAAAAGUCAAUCGGCAGCUCUCGAAGAUGUUUUACAACAGCAUCGCUGGAUUGUGAUGCUGGGUGAUCCUGGUAGUGGUAAAACAAGUUUCGUCCAGUGGUUGUGCACUAAAUACAUUCGAGCUGCUGAGAACGUUCAAGAGAAUUUUGAAUUUGGUCCUUUUAGAAUGCCCAUUGUUAUUCGAAUUGGUGAAUUUGCUGAUGCUCUGCGGAAAAAGCAGAACUUGACACUUUUCGAACAUAUCGGCGAGCACAAAUGGUUCGGAAGAUCAAUGUUGUCGAGAGUUGACAGUUCAAAGAUUUCCGAAAGAGAAUUAGCUAUGGUUUUACAAGAUUAUGUGAGAGAAGGACACGCUCUAAUUAUUUUAGACGGUCUAGACGAAAUUGUGGUUUCUCAGGAACGUAUGCGACUUGUCAAUCUUGUUGAAACAUUUGUUGAGACAUACGUACAAACACCAUCUCACAGAGCAGUUUUGGAUGACUGUUUCCAAGUUGAAAUCUUAGACGAACCGGGUCAGCUGGGUGGCAAUCAACUUAUUGUAACGAGCCGCAUUGUGGGUUAUCAUGCGGCUCCACUAGGUGGUCGAUUUGCUCAUUAUAUAAUCGAGAAGCUAGAUACUGAGCGUAUAAGUGGCUUCAUAGACAAUUGGUUCAAGACAGUUCAUGCUGAAAUGAUUCGAGUAAUCAGAAAAGUAGAUACAUCCGUUCAUAUAUCAAACAAUAAAUGGGAAGGGCAAGCAAAAUUUCUUAAAGUUGAAUUAAGUAAUCCGGAUCAAAUUGGUUUAAAAGAGCUGUCCUCGAAUCCUUGUCUGCUUUCGUUUAUAUGUAGUAUUGCCUUUAGUUCUAAAGAAUCAUCUCUGCCCUCGCAACGUAUCUUACUGUACGAAAAGACGGUCAAUGCAAUGUUAGAUUCGUGGAAGAAUAAAGAAACAAAUGAUACAACUAUUCAAGGAUCUAAAGUAAUUCGAAUAUUUUGUGACAUUGCAUGGUACAUACACAUGAAUUCAGCUGCUGGAUUGAUUGAAGAGAACCGGUUAAAAGAACUUUGCGUUCGAUCUCUGCAAGUAUAUGAAGGAAAGAAGGCUCCAACAGCUGCUGAUGAGCUGCGUGUCGAAAAGGAUGCAGAAGAUUUCGUACAGAUAGUCCGUAGAGACGUUGGUGUUCUAGCGGAGCGCGGCGAAUCUUUCUACGGGUUUCUUCACCUUACAUUUCAAGAAUACUUUGUUUGUCUCGAUCUUACGAAUGUCACAAAGCAAAGACAUAGCAUUAUCUCGCCUGACGGCAAGGUACUCGAUGAUGUUCAGGUACUUAUACAUUCACUCCAUCGCCAUAUGAAUGAUCCUAGGUUCCGCGUACCAAUUGCUCUCGCUUUUGGACGACUAAGUUCGAAAUGGAAAAAGAAGCCAGAGACGUUGGAUCGCUUAUGCUAUGAAUUUUUAAAAACUGACUCAACAUCGUUCUUUCCAAUCAACGCAUUAUUCGUAAUAAACAAUCUAAGUGAUUUCGUCCAACGACCAUCAUUAGAUGUUCUCAUUAUAGCUUUGAAUCAACUAUUGAAGAUUGCUACUAAAGAAAAAUGGGCUAAUACGAAUCCUGCACUUCAUUCGCAGAUAAAAGACGCCAUACACAAGUUACCAGACAAUGAUAUCUCUAAAUGGGUGCGAUCAAUACUUGCCACAAGUCACAACCAAUUCAAUCACUCAAUACCUACUCUCUGUAGUUUGUUAGUGAGACAAAGUGAGGAUUCGUUUGAAAUUCGAGGAAUCGAUGCAUCCACUUGCGAAUCGCUCAUUUCAUUUCUGAAAUACGAUGAUGAGGACAAUAACUUUGCCAUCGAUAUGAUUCUGAUGCAAAUUGCUUACAAAAAUCAUCGUUUACUACCAACUAUUCCAACAGGUCUUAAAGCACUCUUAAUACGUGAAAAAGUCGAUUUCGCAACAAUUCAUCCAUCCAUUUUGGCUGUCAUUAUUAUAAUCUAUGGUGGGCUGAAGCGAUAUGAAGAUACAGUCAUGUUUGAUGUAUCCCGAAUGUACCGAGAAUCGAACUUUCUAACACCGCUGCUGAUCGGAUAUUUCAGUACUAAAAAUCAAACACAUGAUUCAAAAAUAGUCUUUAUAGAACGACAAUGUGUAAGCUGUUUAUCAACGGUUAUCAACAGCGACAAUCAAAUGAAAGCCGUAGAUGCACUUGUCACUAUGCUUUGCUUAUUUGGAGUAAGCAAAUUAUGGACAUUAUCGAGUCUUUCGUCGACAACUGUUUUCUCGGCAGCACUAGUCAAGCUGAAACGUACUUCAAUGAUCCUCCGACAGUUUUACAUGCAAUCAAGCACUCAAGUAGCAGCGGAUGUGCUAACAACUUCUGUGAACGACCAUUUAUCAAACGAAUGUAAUUCAAAACCUAAGAAUAAUCAAUCGAAAGCAACAGAUGUAAUAGCGUAUACUAAAGCAAUGACUUCUGCUCUUGCACGUUUACGAUCUUCUAAGAAAUCCAUAAUUGUACUGAGCAAAAAUGAAGAACAUGGACUUACGUUUCCUUUACCCAAGUUAUUACGAGAUCAGGCGAUAUUUGAACAAUUACUUCGAAAGAAUAUGACACUUUCAUCUAACCAGUUAUCAUGUAAGACUCUUCCAGAAUUUGCUCGUCUCUUUUGGAUUUUGAACGACGAUGAGACUACUGAUACUCAAUAUCGAAUGGCUGUUGCAGCCGAUACUAUUCCGACUUUUUUAUUAGUCCAUAGCAAUAGUGAUCCGAUUUUUGCACUGACAUUUGUUGCUGAUCAUCUUAGACCACUCUAUUGUCAUCUCUUAGAACAAUAUCAGAUCAUUCUGAACAAUUCAUCAACUGAAUCGUCUAAAAAACAACCAUUUCUCUUAUUCCAACACAUCCUGAUACAAUCUAUAAUGGAACUAUCAGAGUCUUCCUGUAAGCGACUCUCUCUAACAUUAGCAUUAUGUGCUAUGCUGCCUGUUCUUCGUAUGAAUCGUCUUGAAAACGUUGCAAUAGGUCUAGCGUCUAAAUUGAACACGGAUAACAAUUACAGAGCUAUGAUCGAAUACACAAAACAAAGGCCGGUAGAUUCAAAUACAGGUGAAUAUACUGAUGGGUUGGGGGAUUUUCCCUCACCGCCGGAGGAUUACGAGAUUGCGUACAAUCAUCAAAAGACUAUUCGUAUGUGUAUUGAAGAAGAAAGACAACGUCUUCAAGUUGCAAUGAGACUUCUCAAUGAGAAGAACAAGGAAGUAAAUGCAAACUCACAAUUAUAUUCAGCUUCUGUUUCUUUAUCCUAUUUGUGUUGGUUUUCCGGUGAUACGGAAUUAUCUCGUUUGUUUGCAGAAUCUUUAAAUGCUGUGGACUGCAUCACCGAUCCGUUGCUUCGUUUUGAUGCUUUGUGUGCAUUGGGUGUCAGUCCACAAGGAUGGACGACUUCUUAUCGAUUGAAAAAUGGUCGUACUUUGAUGGAAGAACUUGAAAAGCAACUAGUAAAAAUAACUUCUGAUUUACAUUGUACCCUUCAUGCGGCUGUAUUACUACGUUGCUGUUCAUCUCGUUUGCAAAAGGAAAUGAUUGAAAAGAGUUUACGAGAUCUUCUGAAAAAAGUAACGAAAGCAGAUCAAGCUGACCAAUUAGUCAUUAACUCUGCACUCUUCGGUAUCUUACGCUCUGAUCCUCUGGUAGCGACACAUUUAAUCCAGUUUCUUCAAAAGUCCAAAUUACCCAUGUAUGACAUCUGCAAAGAAUUAUUUCAGUCGAAAUCGUCCAUUUUUCAGCGAUUUUUCGCAAACCAGAACUUCAUCAAUAAUACAUUAUUAGCAUCAAUGUUCAUCGUCGAAUUAACAAGCGAGACACAUCUGAUUCUCGAAUGGCUCAACUCAACUGAAAUACGUCCAUCAAUCGAUCCGUCGCUCAAGACAACGGGCAAUAUUAAUGAAAAGAUCAUUUUAAUUCAUGAUAAUCUUACAUUAUCUCAAGCCAUUUCCAUCAAUCGUAUGAUGCAGCCCAUUGGUCAGUCACCAAAUAAGCAAGAUAUUGCAAAUAUAAAGUGUUUAGUUUCUCAACUGCACUCUGUGUCUAUGCUGGAAUUGGAAGCGCGAGAAAUUGCCGAAAGUUGGCUUAAUCUUGAAGUAAAUCCCACUCUAAACGUUUUCGCGUGGCAUGCAGCUUUAUUAUUAUUGAAAUCAAAUUAUUGGAGUCCUAGGGCGGUCCGUAUUGCGGCUGAUCUUUUACUAUGUGAACAGGAUAGAUUUCGACAAAGAGCAGAGAGCGUUUUUCUCCUGAACAAUAAUGAUCAUAUUCAAACUAGUACUCAACUGACGUUAGAGGUUAUAUUGCAACUGCAUGAGUAUGGGUCAUUGUUGUGCAGGAAAUCAGCAUAUGCUGCAUUAAUGCUUUUAAGAAAGCACGAGCAUAUCGAAAUUGAUCAGCGAUCUCAUUUGGAUGCACUUCUAUAUCUAGAGAAGCAACGUAUUCUACUAACCAACAACAAAACGCUCUCUAAUGCUGAACAAAGACUUCCUUCACCUCUAAAUGAAAUAUUUGAUAAUUGCAUCAGAACAAAUAAUACGGAGUUCUCAUUUAUUAAGACAACAGUGAAACAUUUCUCAUCAGAUGUUAUUGAAUAUGUAGUUGAACUAAUCGAAGAUGGCUUCAAUAAGUUCUGGAAAAAUGAGAUUAGUCGACAAAACAUUCAACAACGUGAACUUCGAGAAAAAUUUAUUGAACGCGUAUUACUUUCUCUGCAUUGUAUUUUAAAUAACUCAAAAUGCGGCACAUCUAAACUAGUGGAAUCUCUAGCAGAUCUAAUAAGCAAUAACUCAUCAGAUCUCAUCAGAAAAGCUGCCAUCUUCACUUUGGGCUUUAGCAAGAAUGAAGACACUCUGUCCAUUAUAUUUACUAUCAUCGAAUUAGUUGCUAGAGACUUGUCUGAUACUUCACACGGUUAUUCCGAUGAGUUAAUUAGUACUGCCAUUCGAUCUUACUGUUACAAUGCAUCAACUGUAGGUUAUGAUGUUUCUCCGAAUGGCGAAAUAGAAACAUUGCAAAGAUUACUCGAUCAUCCGUCUGUCAUUGUUUCUACUGCAACAAUCUAUGGUCUAGGUCGUAUACUUGAUGUUGAUGCAUUAAUGAAAAUACUAAGUUCGAAUUGUAUUCAGUGUUAUAAGGCAUUUAUCGCAGGAACAUCCGAUUCAUUUUUGCACUCAGCUUCUACUCGCUGUGUGAAGGCAGCAGCAGCACUUAUUGAACAACAUCCUGAUCUAUUACCAAUACUUAUACAAGAACUCUACGAACACAUUCGUUACUUUACGGAUGUGAUUUUCAAUGAUGUCAGCGUAGAAUAUUUAUACAACUAUAGUUAUCCUCACUACGCCAAUGUGGCUGCUGUGGUUGCUGAAUCUAUGCCUGCAGCAUUUUGUACUGCUGUAAAUGAUUUUGUAAACGGCGAAAACCUAAAGCGUUCACUUUAUUACACUAGCAAACAACAUCAUUUUCCUCGCCGUGCUGCUUGUCUCACCGUUCUCUCUGUGUUUGGUGAACUUACUGCUGAGCUCUGCGAGAUGUUAAUUCGCGCUCUUCUCGAUGAUCCUUCUAUACAAAACACGUGCUAUCGUUGCUUAUCUCGUAUCCAAUCAGUUAAAGAUGAAAAGGUCAUUGUCAAAAUUAAAGAAUAUUUACGUUCAAAAUCAAUGAAUGCACGAUAUGUAUCCUGCAAAUUGCUACUUAUCCUUUCUAGACUACCGAAUACAAUAUCACUAGAUAAAAUACAAAAACUCUUUAACGAUGUUAUGCGCGAUCCAGAAUCCGAUGAAGACCUCUGGUUAAUUGUCGAACAAGAUGAUAUCUUUUGCGGAAGCAUAUACUACAAUGCUGGCAAGUUAAAGAAUGUUGUUUACGCUUUGCUUGUCGAUCAUUUCAUAAGUAGUGGUAAAACUGGAACAACGACGAUGCAAAAAGAAGCCGCUACUCAGAGUAUUCUACAACAGGACUUCAUUGCAUCUGAAAAAGCGGCCAGACUUGCUGCUUGUUUAUUCAAAUCAACUUAA